AUGCGGUGCUACGACGACGAAUCUGAGAAAGACGGAGGGACUCUUUCCACAAUGCACAGUUCCUCAAACAAAGCACCCGGUUCAACAACCGCCAUGCUCCGCGUCGCACUAUGGGUAUCCUUCGCAGCAUGGAUAGUCAACUUCGACAACGGCUACACAGGCACAGUAUUAAUCAUGCCAUCAUACAAAAAAGCCUUCGGAACAUGCACCCAACUCAUGAACCCAAAAACCAACGAAAUAGUCGAGCAAUGCUCCAUAACACCUCUUCAACAAUCCCUCAUCAGUCUGAACUACAUGUUCAUCGGAAUCGGAGGUGGAUUAUCAGGCUUCACAGGCCGUUUCUUCGGUCGUCGGGGCACAUUCCAAAUCGGCUGUGCGCUAGCCAUAGUAGGCGCAGCUGGCAUGCUGGGAACAGGCGGACGUGGCGAUUCAAGUUUCCUCCACUACAUGAUCUGCCGGUGCAUUAGCGCAAUUGGAUUGGGCCAUCUAAUCGCCGCGAGCACGACAUACGGAUCGGAAUGUAUCGUUGCACAAAAGCGCGGGUUCGCAUUAGGGUUAUACAACGUCGGAUUGGCGUUGGGCAAUGUUGCGUCGAGCGCCGUGUGUGCGGGAUCCGCACGACUGGAGCCGGGGAAUAACUGGCAGUGGAAGACACCUAUCCUUUGCCAGAUCCCGUUAGGGAUCAUUCUUGGGGCGGGCAUCUUGAUGUUUCCCGAGUCGCCGAGGUGGAUUCUGAAUCAUGAUGGAAAUGAGGAUGAGGCGAGGAAAGCAUUUGCCAUGCUUUAUCAGAUGGAUCCUUUUGCACCUGAGAUUACGGCGCAAAUUGAGGAUGUUAAGGCUCAUAUUAAGGCUGAGAGGGCGAUUGCGAAAUCAACUUCUUGGUAUGAGAUUUACCAGAGGAAGCAUAUCCGGAGAACGGUGGCUUCAGCGCUGAUUCAGGUCGGACUUUCUAUUACCGGCAUUCAGUUUGUGCAGCCCUACGCUACUACUUUCCUCAGGGGUGUUGGUGUCAGCAACCCGUAUUUGAUCAAUGUCAUUAUCGGUGUUUGCAUUCUGGGAGGCUCAGGGCUUGGCCCCUUUGCGGUUGAAUAUGGAGGACGCCGAGUCACGAUGUUGCUCGGUUACGUGGUGAUGGCAGUCUGCAUGUUGAUUCUAUCAACAGUUAGUACCGCACUGGAUCAAGAUGAUGUCUCCAAGAUUGUUGUUGUGGUGCUGCUCUGCUUCUGGUCAUUCAUCUUCGGUGGAACUAUUGCGCCCACUGCUAAUUUAGCGGCUGUGGAGAUGCAUAGUGUGUCCUUACGCACAUACGGACAGGCGAACACGACUAUCAUAUAUGGCAUCUUCUCUUUUGGUGCAACCUUUUGGACACCGUAUAUGCUUGAUGCGCAAUAUGGUAACAUGGGAGUGAAUGUGGGAUAUUUCUAUGCAGGUGUGACUGUUGUCAUUGCCCUUUUGAUAUUCCUGCUUGUUCCGGAGACUGCCAGUCUCACUCUGGAACAGAUUGAUAAUGUCUUCGACUCGAAAAUUCCAGCUUGGAAGACUUCUGUGGCAAGCAACAAGAGAAUUGCCAGGAUCAGAGAACAGGAUUUGCAAUCUGGAGAAUAG